CGGGCGAGACCAUGGCAGGCAGCGGCGCCGCUGGACUCGGCGGGGCCGGCGAGACGAAGGUGAUUUACCAUCUGGACGAGGAGGAGACGCCGUACCUGGUCAAGAUCCCGGUCCCGGCCGAGCGCAUCACCUUGGGAGACUUUAAGAGCGUCCUGCAGCGCCCCGCCGGGGCCAAGUACUACUUCAAGUCAAUGGACCAGGAUUUCGGAGUGGUGAAGGAAGAGAUUUCAGAUGACAAUGCCCGAUUGCCCUGCUUCAAUGGGAGGGUGGUCUCUUGGCUUGUGUCCUCAGAUAACCCACAGCCAGAGAAUCCCCCCCCAGCUCCUGAACCUCGGGCAGAACCUUCAUCUCCACCCCCACCACUGCCUCCCCUCCCUCCUGAGAGGACUAGCGGCAUUGGGGAUUCAAGGCCUCCAUCCUUCCACCCUAAUGUAUCUAGCAGCCGAGAGAACCUGGAACCUGAGACGGAAACAGAGUCAGUAAUAUCACUGAGACGGGAGCGGUCUAGGAGAAGAGAGAGCAUCGAUCAUGUUGGUGGAAGCCAUCGGCCUAGUGGUUCUUCCCGCCUGGAGCGACACCUGGCUGGUUAUGAGAGCUCCUCUACUCUACUAACUAGUGAGCUGGAGAACACCAGCCUGGGAGAUUCAGAUGAGGAUGAUACCAUGAGCAGGUUCAGUAGCUCCACAGAGCAGAGCAGUGCCUCCCGACUCCUAAAGAGACACCGUCGGAGGAGGAAACAGCGACCACCUCGACUGGAGAGGACAUCAUCCUUCAGCAGUGUGACGGAUUCUACCAUGUCUCUCAACAUCAUCACAGUCACACUCAACAUGGAAAAGUACAAUUUCCUGGGCAUCUCCAUUGUGGGCCAAAGCAAUGAACGUGGCGAUGGCGGCAUCUACAUUGGCUCCAUCAUGAAGGGUGGUGCUGUGGCUGCAGAUGGGCGAAUUGAACCAGGGGACAUGCUACUGCAGGUGAAUGACAUGAACUUUGAGAACAUGAGUAAUGACGAUGCUGUACGGGUGCUGAGAGAGAUUGUGCACAAGCCUGGCCCCAUUGUGUUAACAGUGGCCAAGUGCUGGGAUCCCUCGCCUCAGGCCUACUUCACACUCCCUCGAAAUGAGCCAAUCCAGCCUAUUGACCCUGCUGCCUGGGUCUCUCAUUCAGCAGCACUCACUGGUGCCUUCCCUGCCUACCCAGGCUCUUCCUCCAUGAGUACCAUAACCUCAGGCUCCUCCCUGCCUGAUGGGUGUGAAGGGCGUAGCCUCUCCAUACACACAGACAUGGCAUCUGUGACCAAGGCCAUGGCAGCCCCUGAGUCUGGGCUGGAGGUCCGGGACCGAAUGUGGCUCAAGAUAACUAUCCCCAAUGCCUUUCUGGGCUCAGAUGUAGUGGACUGGCUUUACCACCAUGUGGAGGGGUUCCCUGAGCGUCGGGAGGCCAGGAAAUAUGCCAGUGGGUUGCUGAAGGCAGGCCUCAUCCGGCAUACCGUCAACAAGAUCACCUUUUCUGAACAGUGUUAUUAUGUCUUCGGGGACCUCAGUGGGGGCUGUGAAAGCUACCUUGUGAACCUGUCUCUGAAUGAUAACGACGGAUCAAGCGGAGCUUCUGACCAAGACACGCUGGCUCCCCUGCCGGGGGCCACACCCUGGCCCCUGCUGCCUACUUUCUCCUACCAGUACCCAGCCCCACACCCCUACAGCCCCCAGCCCCCCCCUUACCAUGAGCUGUCAUCCUACAGCUAUGGCGGGGGCAGCGCCGGCAGCCAACAGAGUGAGGGAAGCCGGAGCAGUGGGUCUACACGGAGCGAUGGGGGAAUGGGGCGGGCCGGGAGACCAGAAGAUCGGGGCCCGGAGUCCAAGUCAGGCAGUGGCAGUGAAUCGGAGCCGUCGAGCCGUGGUGGCGGCCUCCCCUGGGGCGGGGAUUCCGGUGAUGCCACCCCUCCUCCACCCAGGGGACUAGGUGGGGGUGGCAGCAGUCUUCGUUCUCACCCUAAUCUCCAUCCCUACGGACCACCCCCUGCUGUGGCCCUACCAUAUAAUCCCAUGAUGGUGGUUAUGAUGCCUCCACCACCACCCCCAGCAGUUCAGCCUCCUGGAGCACCUCCUGUUCGUGACCUGGGCUCUGUGCCACCUGAGCUCACUGCCAGCCGACAGAGCUUCCACCUGGCCAUGGGCAACCCUAGUGAGUUUUUUGUGGAUGUCAUGUAGGACUUUUUCUAUCACUCAUGUCUUGAUUUUAAUUUUUAGCAUGUGAGUAGCCGUUCCCCCUCACAUUUCUAUAGCCAAGACUCACUUUUGCCAUUCCUUGGACACCAUCGGGUCCAACGUGUGUUUUUUGUGUUUUUUAACCCAGCCAACUACCACCAGCAGUGCCUGAUCUGACCCUCUUCAUAGGGUUACAGGAGAUUUUAUAUAAUAAACUUUUUUUAGGGGGGAGGGGAGAAAAAAAUAAACUUUUCUUAUACUUUUUGAUACUUAAGAAAUAUAUUUUUCUCAAAUGAAGUAGCCCUGUGACAAUCCCUCCCCAUCUUCGUUGUCUUUACCCAAAUGGUUAGGGAGUAGGAUUGGGAUGUUGUGGGUACCCUUUCCAUCUGCCUUUCGAAUUCAGGAUCCCCAAAGCAAGGGCUCCAUAGCUGCCUAUAUUGCUAUUUAUUUUAGACUUUUGUGUAUAAAACCCUAAAUAAAGCAAUAGAGGGAAAUUUC